UCCAAAGUUCUAACAGACAAGAUGUUCAACCGUAAGCAAUCAAUCCUGCUGGCCACGGCUCUUACCCUGCUGGUGCUGCUGGGCUGCCUUUUGGACCACACGGACGCCAAAAGGUCUCGCUCCAAGAGUCGCCACCGUCCAAAGGGUGUGAACAUCGAGAUCUACCAUCCAAAGGGUGUCAUGGUGUGGUACCCGUACCGUACCGAUCUCGAGCUGUUCGGAAUCGAAAUCUACAUCAACAAGAACGACGCAGCCCCAGAAACGGCAUCCUCGUCCGAGGAAGUGAUCCGUCCGGUUUGCGAUAUCUGCCUCAACACGACGGAGGUUUCGUACGGAAAGUUUAUCCUUCGCAGCGAGAACGCGAUCAUCCGGGGCCGUGACCGCGUCACGUACCGUGCGAUCUUGAAGAAGACCAACAGCGAGCCUCGCAUUUCGUCCAGCAAUGAGUUCUACGUUUCGGAGAGUCGCAUUCUGCUGGGCAGCGUCACCGGGGAGGCCAUCGCUUGUAACAGCGCCACUUCGGAGCCACGUAUUGGUGAGUCUAACGGAGAUGACAAGGCGUUGCGCGAUGAGAUCAAGCUGCUCGAGGACAUCCUACUCGAGGUGAACCAGGAGUGCAGUGCCAGCCAGAACCAAACGAAGCAGCUGCACCUGAUUGCCGAAACUCCGACGCGCUAUAACGCGGCUGAACUGUAUGAGUUCGCGAUCAACUGGCUAACCAGUGCACUGCCGUCCGUCAACUGGAAUCGAACGAUGGUUGAUGCGUUUUACGUGGUGAACGGUGGCAUUGGAAUUGAGGUGGCCACCAUCAUCGACAAGCUGAAGAUCCUCAAGAUGGCCCAGGGACUGGCCGAUCAUCCGAUCACCGAUCUUGAUACGUUCCAAAGCGAAGAAUUCACCAACGAGAUCGAUAUGUGGUAGAGCCGUCUUUUGACGAAAUUUUAAUCUCCUGCCCGGUAUGAAUUUUAUAGAAAUAAAUUACAUUUUUGUUUGUUUUC